CGUUUGCUUCCUCUCUUAACUUCAUGAGGUUUUUCACGUUCAGACUGUUAAUAACAGUUCCCUCUUGAUGCUGGAGAGUUAAAGUCUGGCAGAUCGAUGGCUGCCUGUGUGCUGUGUCGUCGGGUGCCCAGGCUACGCUACCUCCCAGGCUGGAGAAAGGACUUUACCCAGGCUCAGCUUGUGCCUGUCAAACAGGAGGAUGAGAUGGAUGAUCAUGAGGGGAAGAAAGAAGUAUUGCAACACCAGGGAGCCUCUCCCCAAGGAGGAUACAGGCUGUAUUACAACCCCUCCUCAUAUCAUCCCUCUGUGUGGAACUCUGCAACCUCCCGGAGCGAAACAGAUAAUGAUGAGGAUGAACAGUGUCUCUACACUCUCGCACCUUCCUUCUGGCAACAGAGCAAUCACUACAGUGUGAGUUGUUCGCGCCAUCUCUCCAGCUCAAAAAACACACUUCUUGACUUAGCUUUCAACAAAGGCCCUGAACCUGAGAGGCCAUCGCUUUCACCAUACUACAGAAAACUCGCACAGCCAGAUGUUAAAGUAGAUCCACGUGCCUUCCUCAAAUGUCGGCCAGGGUAUGCCUCCACGACCCUUGACCUCACGCAGCGGCCUCACCCGAUCAAAUGGGAAGAGGCCGUGCCACUGCUCCAAAAAGUGGCCGUUUUAAAAGGCAGCAUGAAACCAUCUGAUGUGUCUCAUUUUCUUGCGGAGCUCAGCCGCUUGCACCCGGACAAGAUGCCGUUAGUGAGGAGUGACCAGCGCUUUAUCAUGCUCCUCCGAUAUUCUGUGGAACACCUUCGCCUCUUCACUCAACUUCAGCUGCUGGAGGUGCUGCGGUCCUUUGUGUGGCUGGACAUGCCCUCCGCCCACACUGUCCUCGGGCUGUAUGAGGCCGAGCUGAGCCGCCGGGCCGACCAGAUGAGUUUACACCAGUUGCUGUUAGCCGCUGACUUGUGGCGUUGUAUUGGGCGGCAGGUCCCCCAGUUCUUACGGCACCUCUAUGAUUCCGUCCGCCUGCAUCUGGGACAGAUGGGGGUCCCUGAGCUGGUGCAGCUGUUGUAUAUAACGGGAGAGAGUAGGCAGUGCUCAAAAGACUUGAUCCAUCCUGUGGAGCAGCUUCUCAUGCGUCACGUACAGCAACUUUACCCUGAGGAAGUUGGUGCCCUAUGCUUGGGGCUAUUCAAAUCCCAGACUUCCAUAUCUGAGGGGUCAGUGAAUCGUAUUAUCGAUAAGGCACACUCUUUUGUGGAGGAGAUGAGCGACUUUGCCAUGGUGAAUGUGCUGAAAUUCCUGCGUUUCAGCUACCUGUAUCACAGGGCGUGGCUGCAGGGCAUGGCACAGGAAGUUCCUCGACGGGCCCACAGGAUGGGUGUCAAGGGCCUAAUGCAUGUGGCAUUGGCCUGUUCAGCGCUGCAUUACCGUGAUGAUGACAUCCUAUUGGCAAUUGCUGACAGAGUUCCCUCGCUGGUGCCACACUGCAGGAGCAAAGACUCAUGCAAACUGCUGUGGGCCUUUGGCACAUUAGGGUUUCUCCCAGCCCAGAGCCCAAGCUUCUAUCCGAGCCUUACAGAGGCCCUGAGAAGGAAGAAAGCUGAAUUCCAACGAUACCCAGAGCAUCUGCUUACUGGUCUUCUAGGCCUGGCCUUUGUCUCGCAGUUUCCAGAGGACCUAAUAGCAUUAGCUUUGAGUCCUGACUUUGUCAACUUAGCACUGAAAUCCUCACAGCUGGAGCUGAAAAAAGACUUGUUCACUUUAGACGAAGCCGUGGCUCUGGAGUUGCCUCAGUGGAGGGGCCCGCGGCUAAGCUGUGAACUGAGAGAGGAGGUGGCAGACAUGCUGUGGAAGUUUGCUCAAUCGGACUUGUGCCAGAAACCAGAGGUUCGGGAGGCAGAGUCUGCUCUGCAGGAUCUGCUGGGAGGAGAGAAGUUUGUAUCUAAGAGAAUGAUUCUCCCCCACACUCGCUCCAUCGACCUGGAAGUACACCUUGACUCCGCUGGACAGCCAAUACCUGUGAACCCAGCAUCCCACACAGCCACACUAUCUCAAGAUAACCGUUCACCCGAACAUCCUUCUCAUCAGGGUUGGGAAAGAGUGAAUGUAGGAGUAACUAUAACUGAGGAUCUUUUAGCACAGCUAACCAAUACAAAAAAAGACACGGAACCUUUAACCCCUUCUGCUACGGUUGAGCCUACAUCUCUCCACAGAGUAGAGCCGGAUGAAGGUGGGAGACUGUUUGACACGGCGCUAGACCUGACCAGUGACUUAAUAGAAACUCUUACCAAACCCCGGAGCCAAGGCUCAGCCCCUCAGGACUCCAAAGGCACAGUCAAACUCGCAAUCCAAGUUUCCAGCAGGAACCACUAUUGCUACCAUUCACAGCAGUUGUUGGGCCUUCAUGCCAUGAAGAGGAGGCAGUUGAAGUUGGCAGGCUACAGGGUUGUAGAGCUUAGCCAUCAGGAGUGGUUCCCCUUGCUGAGGAAAAGCAAGGCAGAGAAGCUGGCACAUCUGCACUGCAAACUCUACAACAGUCUGUAAUGAUUCUCUGCCCCCCCCCCCCCUUUCUGAGCUAUCUUUAGUUUGUUAGCGCAAAGCAGAGAAAACUGUGUAUUAAGGAGAGGAACAGCUUGUCUAUCCCACCGUUUUUCAUUGUUGAGUUUAAGAAACAUUUCUUCAGGAGUUUUGUACAAAAAAAAAUCGUAUUCAACUCCUCACUGUCCUCAUAUCAUUUCAUACAAUCCUGCAAGAUUUUGCUAAUACCUUCCAGGAUCUGUGGAAGAGUAAAGACAAAACAAUGUUUUGCAUCAUACUUAAUCAAACUCACCAUCAUCAUGACGGUAACCUCAGGGGUCACGGCAUCUGUUUUAAAGUGUUUUUAAAUUGCUGCCCGCUUUGCACGUCAAAGAUCCAGCUUGAUCUUUUCAACUGAUGUGAACUUACCAGACUUCUAUGUUGUUUUUUUGUAUUGUGACUGCUCAUGAACCAUGGAAUUUGUUAUGCAAUUUGAUAUCGACCGGAUUAAAAUCCAUUGCAAUUUAAUACCAAAGGAGAGCCAAAAUAUUUCCCAACAGAGUGAAUGAUCUGUACGUAAUGCCUUGUUCAUCAGACAGACUCCUGCUGGUUGGAAAUGGGGAGCUAAGUUCCCGCUGAGGUGAAUAAGGUUUGUUCCACAAAGUAAUUGUUGUGUUAAUUUAUUUGUCUUCGAACAAUGUUUCUGAAACAAGGUUACUGCUGAAUUGAACCCCCCCCCCCCAAAAAAAAUAAAAAUAAAAACCUAUCAGCUGCUUUUCAGUAGUAAUAGUAGUAGCUUCCUAACCUAUGAAAUAGCAAAUACUUUACUGGUGUGUGGCGUUCUAUUUAAGUGUGUUUGUUUAUUGGACAAGGUGGACAAAAUAUCUAUCUUUCAGUAUAAUAUUUAUAUAAUGCAAUACUAGUAUCGUCUUGUGCAAACACCUCACUGAAAGGCUCAAAAUGUAUUGCAUGUUAAAGGCUUCCCACAAACACAAUGUAUAACAGCAUUAAGUUUCCACAUUUCACUUUUUUUGUGACAACCUUCGACACAAACAUGAUUUAUAUGGCAGAUCAUGCAAAACUUGAAACACCACCGUAGAAACUGUCAGAGCAUUUAAGUGACAGACCACUGGUUGCAGCCACUGACUGGGAAAUGAGUUCUUUCACACUGGUAUGAAAUUGAUGUUCCCGCGUUUGACUCCUCCAAGCCGUUAUACAAUGAUCUGACUCUGGAUGUCAUCGGUCCAUCUCUUAUUCCUCCACUGCAGCGGGAUUAGGGGGUGUUCACAGAUGUUACCGUUUGUAGUUUUUUAUCUGUAGAGGAGAAUGUCCUUUUUCUUUGACACAUUAGGAUAUUGUUCUAUCACCUUGUAUGAACAUGAGGUGGUGUAAGAAUAUUAGAACAACAAAACAGGGUUGCUAAACAGAUCCAUUAAUAUCCAUUUUAAGAGCUGGUAGAUCAAAACUCAUAAAUCAGGUAGAAGCAAAUCUACAUCUUUGCUUUACAACGUGCUUUCAUGGGCGACUGGCUCAGAAGAGCAGGGUCGUCCUUCAAUCAGAGGAUCGGCGGUUUGAUCCCCGGCUCCUUUAGUCCGUGUCCAUGUGUGCUUGGGCAAUACACUUAACCUCAAAUUCCUCCCGUAGGCUGGCCUGCGGUAUGUGAAUGGGUAUGAAUGUUAUUAGUUAGCUGACGGUUAGGUGGCACCAUGCAUGGGAGCCCCUGUGAGCCAUCAUUGUAUGAAUGUGAAUGGGUGAAUAAUGACAUAGUGUUAAAGCGCUUUGAGUGGCCGGAAGACUAGGAAAGCGCUAUACAAUUAGAAGUCCAUUUAAAAAGCAUACUACUUGGCAAUAUAAAUAAGUUUUGUAGAAACAAGACAUGCAAAAUUAUCACUUUGGUCUUUGUCAGAAAAGCAAGACAAAAAAUGUAUAUUUUUAGUUAAUGGACUAUGUUUUAUUACGAAUGUAUAACAAUGAACACAAUUUGAAAAAACAUGAGAAAACAUUGUUUAUCUCUUGCUGAUUGUCAUAUCUGUCAUAUCCUGUGUUGGGAACCUCCCGGAGCAGGAUAUCCUUGUUACUCCCUGAAGAAAAAGCUGCGAUGAGACCUUGGUGUAGUGAUACACUGGAGAGACUACAGGUGUGUUGUGUUCCCCUUAAGAUGUUUCUCCUUUCCAUCCCCUCCCCCCUUUUCCU